ACCGAGAACAUUUAGUUCCUACCGACUAGCACUCUCACUAUAAGAAGUGAUCUCCAUCGAGCUGGACGCAUUGGACUUGUUCUCUGAGAAGAUCCUUUACACAGAACGAGCCUCGUCUUCUCAACUGCCUUUCGUGCGGGAUUUGUUCUUUCUUCCGGGAUAUUUUGGAGACAUUUGAAUCAUCAGAUUUAUUCCUAUUUUUCCUUUUUUUUUGUUUACCUCGAUCAAGAUAUUCCUGAGGACAUGGGGACCCACAAUCCCGGAGUUAUCGCCUACAUCGCCUCCAGCCCAGAGUCCUUCGUGAUGAGCACCAGCCCCAGCCGAGGCUUCCAGGCCACGCCGGCGCCCCGCUCGUCGCUGCCCAGCAGGACUGUCGGCAUGGUGGUGGACAUCUGCCCGGCGGCCAAGAACGGCCACGGCGCGGAGAGGGCCGGGCGCUCCACCGCGUCUUCCAAGAGCAGCAUCACCAAAAUUAACGGCAUGGUGCUGCUGUGCAAGGUGUGCGGCGACGUGGCCUCGGGCUUCCACUAUGGCGUCCACGCCUGCGAGGGCUGCAAGGGCUUCUUCAGGAGAAGCAUCCAGCAGAACAUCCAGUACAAGAAGUGUCUCAAGAUGGAGAACUGCAACAUCGUGAGGAUAAACAGGAACCGCUGCCAGCAGUGUCGGUUCAAGAAGUGUCUGGCCGUCGGCAUGUCCAAAGAUGCUGUCCGAUUUGGCCGCAUCCCAAAGAGGGAGAAGCAGAGGAUGCUGCUGGAGAUGCAGAACGCCAUGAACAACAUGUUGAGCAGCAACAGCCCGCUGCAGAGCAUGCUGCACGGCCACCAGAGCCCGCCGCUGCCCGCGGAGCCCAAGAGCGCCUCCUCGCCCGCCUCUUCUUCCUCCUCCGCUUCCGACUCCCCGGCGUGCUCCAACCCUUCCUCCCCGCGGUUCCCCCAGGACUCUGAGUCCGUGGUUUCCAUGGACACCAACUUCAGCUCGGGCUCGUCCUGCGCGUCGGACAGCGGCGAGGACGAGGCGGCGGCGACGGCGAGCAGGCAGAACCGCGGCGCGUUCGCGUGCAGCCAGCAGAGGUCCCCCGGGUGGGACCGGGCUUCGCCCCUGACUGGGGCGGUCGUCCCCCCGCAGACUGGGUGCAAUGGCCGCAUGGCGGCGCAGCAGCAGCAGCAGCAGCAGGGGAGCCGGAGCUGCUGGAACAGCAAUGUGGUUGCCGGGGGUUACCAAGACCGUCCUUACUGUAUCAGUCCGCGCGUCACCAACACUGCUUACAGGGAGGAGAGCGAAGUUCACCAGCAGCAGCUCAACAGCGCCCCCAGCUGCAAACAUUCAGAAGACUUCCAAAGACAGCUCGGCUUCAACACACAAACCGGUUACAGCGGACCAACCAGCUGCGUGAACAGCAGAGCGCACUUGGUCUGUCCCAUGAACUCGUCCCCCUACGUGGACCCCUGCAAGCCGAGCCAGCAGGUCUGGGAGGAGUUCUCCCAGAGCUUCACGCCCGCCGUGCGGGACGUGGUCGACUUCGCCAAGAGCAUCCCGGGUUUCCGCGACCUCCCCGAGCACGACCAGGUCGGCCUGCUGAAGGCCGGGACGUUUGAGGUGCUGAUGGUCCGAUUUGCCUCUCUGUUCAACGUGGUUGAGCGCACCGUGACCUUCCUGAGCGGCAAGCGCUACAGCCUCGACACGCUGAGGUCGCUGGGCGCCGGCGAGCUGCUCAACUCCAUGUGCGAGUUCAGCGAGAAGCUGGCGGCGCUGCGGCUCGACUCGGACGAAAUGCGCCUCUUCAUGGCCGUGGUGCUCGUGUCAGCCGAUCGCUCGGGGAUUCAGGACCUGAGCUCCGUUGAGGCCCUGCAGGACCAGCUGAUCCGGGGUCUGAGGAACCUGGUGAUUCAUAACCACGGCGAGGAGUCGGCCACCACCUUCACCAAGCUGCUGCUCAAGCUCCCCGAGCUGCGUUCGCUCAACAACAUGCACUCCGAGGAGCUCCUCACCUUCAAAGUGCACCCUUGAAAGAGCUUCCAGCUUCCAGCUCAUCCACACACCUCCGGCAGGAACUGCCUCUCGCGUCGCCCUCCUCCGUCCCCCACGAGCCGACCCACUCGCGUGUUUGUUUCUGGAAUGUAUUAAAAGUUGUUAUUUGAUGCCGAGUAGAAACCUGAAGAGAAAUUAAGAUGAGACGUACUGUAUUUAUAGAAGGCAGGAGGGCCUUGGUUCACGCACGAGUCGGAGAACACGACUGGCCUCCAUCGGACGUUGCGAGCAGGAACUAAUGAGUCGCUCUUUGGGACACUAAGGAUUCCUCAGUGUGUCCGGCAGCGGAAUGUGAGGGACGGUGUGAAGCCGACGCGCCGCGUGUUGGGUUGUUCCAAUACUAUUGACUGAUGGACGCUGCUACUGCAUAAUAUCAACUGUUCUCACGUGGGAGUUCUUCUACCUCUCGUCUCGAUUUCCCUGUAAAUAGUGUCACGUUUUUUUUUUCCGGGGAUUUGUUCUUGAGCAGAACAUUUAAACCCUAAAAAUUGUCACACGUUUCUGCUGUUUUCCCACUUGUUUGUAUGUUAUUAUCUUUGUCUGCUUUUAGCAUGACACAGAAUUUUAAUGUUUGUCAUCCAUUUUGUUAAAACAUGUUUCUGCAACUGGCAACACUGCCAUAUGUAAAUAACUAUAUAAAUUUCAAAUGAACAUAGAAUAUAAAUAUGAGAUAGUAUGAAUAAAUACAAGUGAAGAAUA